AUGUUUUCCAAGUUUAAGAUAGAGAAGGCGCCAAGCGCCCUCUACAGACGCGAACCGAGCCAUUUUGAGGUAAAGCAGUCUGCCAUCUCUUUGCCACUCCUUGAGGCGUGCGACCAGCGUAUUCGCCAUCUGCGCGCUGAGAAUGAGCAGCUACGAGCUGAAAAAGUGGAACAUGUUAAGAUCAUUAAUGGCCAGGCGACGGAAUUGGCAGAGAGAAGAGCUGAAGUUUUCCAGCUUCGCCAGGAACUUCAGCUUCUAAGACACGAAGUUUCCAAAAAAAAGAACACCGUCAAAUUUAACAUCAGCCGCAAAAGCUAUUGGGACGUGGACAGGGCUGCGCGGUCUUUGAAGAGGAAAAAAAUCGGAGACUACCUCCGAAAUGCUGCAAAGAUUUUACCAGCAGAAUUUAAACCAAUCGAGUUAAGUAUCAUUGCAAAAUUUCCUUGAUAAUUACUCAGUAUUGCCGCUAAUAGUUUUCAUGAAGAAGCUGAUAUGAUGCCAUCGCUGUACAAGCUGAAAGGGUGACGUAUGAAGUGUGCCCACGGUAUAUAGAUAACUUUCAGCGGGCUUUCAGAUGAAACAGUAGAGAAAAAUGGCUGAAAACGGGAAAACAUUACACGUAGUCGCAGUUGUGCUGUUGUGCACAUGUUACGAACACUUAAACCUCACCACCGCAUCUCUUUUCUUUUGGCCGACCUCAGAGAAUCAUUUAUUUUGCAAUUCUUUUGUUGAUUAACGUAGUUUACCUGAUUUUACUCGUGCAGACGUCUCUUAUUUUCUAGAGUAAUUAUUUAGAUGCUCUUUGUUUCUUUUUUUCACACAGGUUAAAUUUAAUGUAAGCGGCCGUGAAUUAGUGAUCCCACUAUCUGACUACCAAUAUGACGGCGAUGACGAUGAGGACUACGCUCACGAGGUCGUACAAAGGAUGUUGGCAGCGAAGGAUGAAGGACUUGUAAGUGACAAAGCAUACCACGAACUGAGGAUGGCGCUCCUUGAGAAAGUUCGAAGUCACGUCCCGCCACUGUCCGCUAUCAAACAGGAAAGGAGUUCCCAAAAUAAGGAAAUCAAAGUAAUUCAAAUCCCGGAGGUAAAUUAAGUUUUAGAGAACAUUUAGCAGUGUUUUUGACAGUUUCCCACCAUGCUUGUUGGCAAAAUCAUGCCACAUAUUCCACCUAGGAUGAUUUCCGGGUAUCAUAAGUGACACUGUGCACCAGUACUAUUUAAGUUUAUUUUGAUUUGUAGUGUUCAAUUUGUAAUGUGACUGUGGCAAGCAUAAUAAUUUACAGAACACUUAAUUUUUUUGGGUUUCAAAUAAAUGCAGGCCAAACAAGCUGAUGGUGCCCGGAGGAGUGUUCGUGAUGUUUUACAGUAUUUAAUCGCAAUACCAGAAGUUAAGGAUGCCAUAAAAAAAGAUGGAUCAAAAAUUAAACUUAGAUUUGCAGCUGAUGGGAGGAGGACAAGCAAAAGGAUUGGCACAGUAAUGGCUGUUUUCAACAUUCUGUGUGAAAAUAAAGCAACAUACUAA